AUGGUCAUAUGUGGCGAAAACUAUCAUCGAAUUGGCUCUUUGCUGCCACCUGCCGGGGAAAAGCCAAAGUUUGCGCAGCUGUAUAUUUUUGAACCAGAAAAUGAGAUGAACCACAGGUUAUCAAAUUUUGCCUCCUGUGAGGCACAACUAUUGCCCGAGCUACUUACUUCUCUGCUGCGGAUGCUUGACGAGCACAAUGAACUGGUCAAGACAUUUAGGAGGGUUCGUCAGCAGCUACAUGACUCCGACACGCCAACUUUGAAGCUGAGAAUCUUUGGUGCAAAGAGCAGGAAUAGGCAAUAUGAUUUGCCGACGAGUUCUGACAUCGUAGCACUAAUCCCUGGUGACUUUAUUCCCGAUAGAGAUGAUCGGGAUAUCAUUGUUGAUCAUAUUUAUGAUGGCUUAAAACGCAUAACCAGCUUAAAUCCCAAGUUCGAGGCCCUUCACUUCCCUUUGUUGUUUCCAUACGGAGAAGAUGGAUAUCAUCCACUCAUCAAAACAAGAUCUUUCCGGCAAGACACCCCAGCAGACUGGGUGCAAAUCCCGCAGGUUUUUUUAGUGGAUCAUGGUGCUGAUCCUAUUGAAUCUCUUGCAACAGACAUCUAUGAUUCGUUUGCAGAAAAUUACAAAAAUCCAUUCUAUCUUGCAAAUAGGGCAGUUGUGACUCCGACGAAUGCAACUGUCUCUGAAUUAAACAAAUACAUGUUGGAUCAUGGUGCCGUUCCAGACCCAGGAAAAACAUACUACAGUUCAGAUUCACUAUUGCAAACAACAGAGACAGCCGACUCAUUCGAAGAGUGCUACCCGACAGAAUUUCUCAAUUCUUUGACAUUCAAUGGGAUCCCAGAUCACGAACUUACCUUGAAGAUCCAUACUCCUGUUAUGUUGCUUCGUAACAUCAGUCUAGGUCUUGGUCUAUGCAACGGGACACGAGUUAUGAUCACAUCGCUGGGCAAUGAUAUCAUCAAGGGAACUAUCAUGGGUGGUUUUGGUGAUACCGACGAAGUUAUCAUUCUAAGAAUUGUACUGAAUGUGGAGAACCCCAAGUGGCCAUUCACUCUUAAACGUCGGCAAUUUCCAAUUCGAUUGUGUUAUGGCAUGACAAUAAACAAGAGCCAAGGCCAAACGCUCGACAAGGUUGGGAUCUAUUUGCCCGAACCUGUGUUUAGUCAUGGCCAGCUGUAUGUGGGAGUCUCAAGAGUUAAAUCAGCCAAAGGUUUACGAAUUUUGAUUAAAAACACCGACGAUAUUCCGAAUGACUACACACGAAAUAUCAUUUUCAGGGAAGCCUUUGCAGAUAUACUGCAAGCUUAG